CUGAUGUAAUGGAGCUCUCUAAAAACCUCUUAAUAAAAUCCACUCUCGCACGUCUCCUCUCAUUUAUCGUUUUAUUCUUCGCCGUCCGUUUGGCAUACUUUAUAGCAGUCAAAGGCCGAUCCUGCGUCUCUAAUGACUUCUGCUUCUUUCCUCCACAAAACCUCGACUUCACCAUCCACUACCACUCCGCCGCCACCUCCCGUUGCACCGUCGAUCAUUACCUCUCCGUCUUCCAGGACCUCAUCGCCGAUGGCUUCCUCUCGCCUAUCUCAAAAUCUCUCUGCAUCGAAACACUAACUGGAGAAGAAAUCAUAGCUCUGAAAGAAAUUGGCGUUAUUGAUUCAACCGGAAUCUCAAAGAAAUCAAAGAAAAUAAAGAAAUCAUCUCCACCGCUGAUUCUAUCGAACUAUCCUCUAUCGUUUCAUGACAACACUUUCGAUUUCCAGUUCACGAACAACCUCGACUGGUCAGAUCAACCCGACGAAUUCGGGUCAGAGCUUUGUCGAACUUUAAAACCGGGCGGGUUCUUAGUGAUCCAUACAAAAUCGAGAGAUUUAUAUAGCUUACAAUCUUUACUUGAUUUGUUUAAUUGCUGUAGAUUAAUCAAAUCGCGUGAAAUCAACGGUGUAGAUUCAAUGUUGAUGAUGAUAAUUAGAGAGGUUGUGUUAAUGAAAGUAAGAGAUUUUUUGUGGAGGGACAAUAUAGGUAGUAAUUGCUCGAUUUCGAGGCUAAAACGGGAACUAGCAAAAAAUGCCGAGGCUUUGAUCGCUAAAGAACCAUUGAAGCCAUGGAUUACAUUGAAGAGAAAUUUGAAGAACGUUAAGUACUUAAGUGAUAGUGUUGAUAUUAGUUUUAAGAGAAAAUAUGUUUAUGUUGAUGUUGGUGCUAGGAGUUAUGGUUCAAGUAUAGGUGGCUGGUUCCGAAAAAGUUAUCCGAAACAGAAUAAGAGUUUCGAAAUUUAUGCCAUCGAAGCCGAUAAGGUGUUUUUCGGGGAAUAUAGAUCGAAAAAGGGUGUUCAGCUAUUGCCUUACGCGGCGUGGGUGAGGAAUGAGACCUUGUUUUUUGGGAUCAGCAGGUUUGUUAAUAGGAAAAAUGUGGAGAAAGGCAGGGGGAUGGGGAGGAUUCAACCGGUGGUGCAAUCGUCGAUGAGUUAUAAGGCAGAUUUGGAUACGAUUGAAGGGUUUGAUUUUGCAGAAUGGUUGAAAAAUGUGGUGGUGGAGAGGGAUUUUGUGGUGGUGAAAUUGGAUGUUGAAGGGACUGAGUUUCAUUUGAUUCCGAGGUUGGUUGAGACAGGUGCGAUUUGUUUGAUUGAUGAGCUGUUUCUGGAGUGUCAUUACAAUCGGUGGCAGAGGUGUUGUCCGGGGCAACGGGGUGUUAAGUAUCAGAAAACUUAUGAUCAAUGCUUGCAGCUUCUUACUUCUCUCAGAAAGAUUGGAGUUCUUGUGCAUCAGUGGUGGUGACUGGUAAUAGUGUAUGCAUUUUCUUUUUUUGUUCUGAUAGGUUGUUCUUAGUUUUUUUGCAGUGAAGAAAUUGUAGAUUCUUGUGUUUUUGUCUGGUUUCUUAUGUUCUUGAAUUGUUACUCAACUAGAAGUUCCGUAUAUCAGAAACUUUGUUUGAGAGACGCUAUCAGUUCAUUCUGCUUCUUCUUCAUAUUUUCUGUAACU